AUAAAUAAAAUAUCGCAAAAUUUAUUGUAUUUGAUAUCUUUAAUAUAAAUAAAAGUAGCAAGCAAGCAAACAAAUAAACACAAUUAAUAAUAAAAUAUAUAAAUAAGUAGCUGAAUAAAAUGAUUUAAUUUAUUUUGAUGGUUAAUAAAUAAGGAUAGACAAGAUUAGCUUAAUACUAUAAUAGUUUAUCUGUGUAAGAAAGAACAACUUUGGAAGGUGAACUUGUAAGAAAGUGCCUUUCAAGAAAUAAUACUUAAUGCUCAUUUAUUGAUCAUAGAAAUUAUAAAGUAAUUUACAGAAGAUAUGCAUCGUUAUAUUUUAUUGUUGGACUUGAUCCUGAAGAAGAAAAUGAAUUGGCUUAUUUUGAAUUUAUCCACACACUUGUAGAAACCUUAGAUAGAUACUUCGAAAAUGUCUGCGAACUAGAUAUAAUGUUGAACAUUUAAAAGGCACAUUAUAUUCUUGAAGAAAUGGUAAUGAAUGGUUAGAUCGUUGAGACUAAUAAAGCUUUGAUUUUAGCUCCUUUGCAUGUAUUAGAUAAGCAAACUGAUUGAAGUUUUUGAUAGCUAAAACAAAAUAUUCUGAAAAUGUUUUAUUUGUGAGCUAGUUUAAAUCUAAAAUCUAAGCAUUUAUAUAUCAAUAGACACAUAUAGUUCAAGCAAAAAUGGGUUAUAGCAGGCAAAUCAAUUAAUGAUCUAUUAUUGUUAUGAAUCCUUUAUUAACAAAUUUUAUUAAGAAUUAAUUUAAAAUAUACAUUUUAUAUUUAGCAUCUAACUUGAAAAAUGUCAAAAAAUAUAUUUCUAUUUUAUUUUGGCAACACUUUUAUAGUUAUUUACAAGAUUUUUAAAAUUAUUAAAUUACCU